AUGGAAGAGCCACAAGACUUACCCGAACAACCAGUGAAGAAAGCCAAGAUGCAGGAAUCCAGAGAGCAAAGCUUGAGUCACGUGGGCAACACAGAAGUCAGUGAUCAGAAACCUGAAUCUUCAAGCCUUGGUUCAAACCUUUCCAUGUCCAGUGAGAUUAUGACAUGCACUGAUUAUAUCCCAAGGCCAUCAAAUGAUUAUACCUCACAAAUGUAUUCUGCAAAGCCAUAUGCACAUAUCCUUUCUGUACCCGUGUCGGAGACCAUGACCCCUUACCCUGCCCAGACUCAGUACCAAGCCCUACAGCAGUCUCAGCCCUACACCAUCUACCCACAGACCACCCAAACCUAUGGACUACCUCCUUUCGGUGCACUGUGGCCAGGUAUGAAACCUGAAAGUGGUUUAAUUCAGACUCCAUCUACAAGUCAGCACAGUGUUCUUACCUGCACGACAGGGUUAACCACAAGCCAGCCCAGCCCAGCACAUUAUUCUUAUUCCAUUGAAGCAUCAACUACCAAUGCCAGUCCAGUCUCUACAUCCUCAACUGUUGUCAAUAUUUCCACGUCAGCAGUAGCCAGCAUCUCACAGGAGUACCCCACGUACACCAUCCUUGGCCAAGGUCAGUACCAGCCGUGCUACCCGGGCUCUGGCUUUGGAGUGGUGGCAGCCGCCGACAGCGCCGCCGAGAGCCCCGCCCUGGCAGCAGCCACGUACCCAGCCGAGAAGCCCAGCGCCGGGGGCCCUGCCCGGGCAGUGCAGAGACACUCCUCUGGAGAUGCAUCCACAAGUCCUUCGUUAUCAAGAGCAACAGCAAGUAAAGAGUUAGAUGAGCAGGCAAGAAAAAACAUCCCUGGGAAGAACAGGGGGAAGAGGAAAGCAGAUGCCUCCUCCUCACAGGACAGUGAGCUGGAGCGAGUGUUUCUCUGGGACCUGGAUGAGACCAUCAUAAUCUUCCAUUCACUUCUCACAGGGUCUUAUGCCCAAAAAUAUGGCAAGGACCCAACUCUAGUGAUUGGCUCAGGUCUGUCAAUGGAGGAGAUGAUUUUCGAAGUAGCUGAUACUCACUUGUUUUUCAAUGACUUGGAGGAGUGUGACCAGGUUCACAUAGAAGAUGUGGCAUCUGAUGACAACGGGCAAGAUUUAAGCAACUACAAUUUCUCCACGGAUGGCUUCAGUGGCUCGGGAAGUACGGGCAACCACAGCUCCUCAGUGGGCGUGCAGGGGGGAGUGGACUGGAUGAGGAAGCUGGCCUUCCGCUACCGCCGCGUGCGCGAGAUCUACGACAAGUACAAAGCCAACGUCGGAGGCCUUCUUAGCCCACAGAAGAGGGAAGCUCUGCAGCGACUGAGGACUGACAUAGAAGUGCUAACAGAUUCCUGGCUGGAAACUGCAUUAAAGUCCCUGCUACUCAUCCAGUCCAGAAAAAACUGUGUGAACAUCCUGAUCACAACCACCCAGCUGGUGCCAGCUCUUGCCAAAGUUCUCCUGUAUGGACUGGGCGAGGUGUUUCCCAUCGAAAAUAUUUAUAGUGCUACCAAAAUAGGUAAAGAGAGCUGCUUUGAGAGGAUCGUGUCACGCUUUGGGAAGAAGGUCACCUACGUAGUGAUUGGCGACGGGCGUGACGAGGAGGUGGCAGCCAAGCAGCACAACAUGCCCUUCUGGAGGAUCACAAACCACGCAGACCUCGUGUCCCUUCACCAAGCCCUUGAGCUAGACUUCCUGUAA